AUGUCGGCAUCACUGUUCACCUUCUCCUCCACUUUAAGAAGAGUCGUCCCAGCUCCAAACUCUCCUCCUCUUCCUAUAUACAUCAAAGCCACCAACGUAGUUUUCAACCCUGAUAUUCCAGAUGUUCAUCGAGGUCUUGGACUUGAUGAUUUUCUCAAUUUCUUAGUCUCUUGCCGACUCCGAUACGCAAUCAGUGACGUUCCAUCAGAGUUAUUUCCCGAACAAGUAUGUGAGUUCUACUACACUGCAAAAAUUAAUGAUGAAAACAACGUCAUCUCCGGGACUAUUGGCCGUGGAAAACACUCUUUAUUACCGCUGACCUCCUCAGUGCUGCGCUCAGGAUGGAAGUUCUUCAACGGUGCUCUGUGCAAAUGUGUAGGUCACAAAUCUCGCAGUGGUGAUCAACUGAGCACUUAUGAGCAACAAGUCGUCUGUUCCCUUCUUCUCAACAAACGACUUGAUUAUGGGGCUUUCUUCUUUGAUCAGCUUGUUCAACUUCUUCGUGCAAAUAUACGCGCUGAUCAUGUCCCCUUUCCAUGCUGGAUUGCUCUUGUGCUAGAUAAAUUUUUCGCUGAAGCUUACUACUCACACUCUGGAAACCCCAUCCAAUGCCCACGCAUGUCAAUGCGAAUGUAUCAGGAUGAUCCAUUGGAAACUGACAUCGGCAUCUCUGAUCGGAUGAGAGAAUGGAUUGCAAAUCCAUAUACCGUUCCUUCACUAACCGCUGAUAUUGAUGAAGGAGCUGAUGGUAACAACGACGAUCAUGCUGAUCAAGAAGCUGAAUCACAGGAUGGUGGUCAUCUCUCCCCUCAACUUUCUCAUCAUACUCUUUCUGUCACUAAGAAAGUUCACUCAGCUCAAGGGGAGCAACCAUUUCAGGGGGAACAACCAUCUCAGGGGGAGCAACCAUCCCAGGGGGAGCACCCUUCUCCGGGGGAGCAACCUUUCUCCCAACAAGUUCCAGGUACUCAAUUCCUUCAUAUACCGGCCUCAACAUUCAAUGAGCUACUUACACUGACUCGGGACAUGAGUCAGCGUCUUUUACGAAUUGAGGCCGAUGUCCAUCAACUGAAGGGAGUUCUUUUGACAACUCCUUCCCCUGGCCCACAACAUGAUGAUGAUCAAAAAGGGGGAGAAAAUGACGAUGAUGAUGAUCCAAAAGAGGGAGACACUGAAUCUGUUGAGCUCGGAUCUGAGGAUAACACCUUAAACCAGACUGAGCCACCACAGUCUGUGCACGAGUCUGAUAGACCAGUUGCUGAGGAGCCUAUUAGACUAGCAGAUACUGAAAAGCUUGCUGAAGAUAAUGAGCAUGAUUAUGAACAUGAUGAUGAGUGUCAGAUGUUGGACAUGAACUUCAUUGAUCCCACUAUUCUAGUUCAAGGGGAAGCCUCAGAUGAUGAUGAAGAUGAACAUGAUGAUGAAUGUCAAAUGCUAGAUAUGAAAUUCAUUGAUCCCAUUAUGCCAGUCCAAGGAGAAGAUUCUGAUGUAGCUAGAAGAGAUGCUAACAAUCAUAUUUUUCCAAUAGCAUGGGCAGUUGUGUGUGUGGAAAAUAAAGAAAAUUGGAAAUGGUUUUUGGAGAAUCUUCAAGAUGAUCUAGAAGUUGAUGAUGGUAGUGGGGCUAUUAGAGGCUGUAAAGGAAGUAAUGCAUAA